AUGGAUGUUAUACUUCAACAAUCGAUCAAUGAUUGUUUGAAUUGUAAUAUGCUUAGCAAUGCGCUGUUCUUGGCCGAACGACUCGUUGCAGACUACGAUUGUGAUGACAACUACUAUCUGUUGGCAACCAUCUACUAUCGACAAGGUAGAUUAGCACAAGCACAUUCAGUACUGAAGAAACUACAGUAUCUCAGUAAUGGAGUGAUGAUGAACGGUGAAAAUAAUAGUAGUAGUAGUUCUUCAGCAUCGUUGUUAUCGACGGUCAAGUCGAUGCAACUACUCGCUCAGUGCUCACUGGAGAUUGGUGAAACUAUGGAAGCAGAAUAUCUUCUAGAGGAGUCACUCAAGCUAAUAUCAAACCAGAGUCAUCAUACGACAAACGACUUAAUCGAUACAUGUCAAAUAGCUAGUAUACACUACCUCUUGGGACUGUCAUAUCGUCAGCUCAACAAGAAGAACGAAGCCAUAAAACAACAGCACUUGGCACUACAAAAAUACCCAUAUCUCUGGGUUGCAUUUGAACAACUCUGUCAACUAGACAUUCAAGUUGAUCCAACAACAUUUUACAAUAUAAAUAACAUUCAACAACUACAACAACAACAACAACAUCAGCAUAUUCUACAAAACAAUAAUAGUUUAAAUGGACUUUCACAAAUAUCUUUUAUAACUAAUAACAAUAACAUUAUCAAUAAUAAUAAUAAUUUAAUCAAUAGUAAUAUUAAUAACAACAAAAGUUAUGAUAUGAGUACAGUUAGUAUGGAUAUGAUAGCAUCGUCAAUCGGUAAUCUCAGUGAGAUAAAGACACCACAUCAGCUACAAGCAAGUCUGCAUCAUGCACCCCGUAAAUCGACACAAUCAGUCAUUCAGUUUAACGAUUCAACGUCGUUCUCCAGUAGCGUGGGUGUAGGUGGUCUAAACUUUGACAUGAUCGAUUCGACACCACAACAAAACAAGACACCAAAGUUCAAUUUAAUGAGUAAUCUAAAUAGCAAUAAUAAAUACAGCAACAACUACAAUAAUAAUAAUAAUAAUACUUAUGAUAUAUCAGAUGUAACACCAAGAUUACCAAAUAAAAUCAAUAACUUUAAUUUACAAUAUCAACAACAACAACAACAACAACAUUACCAACAACAACAAAAUAAUACUAAUUCAAGUCAAAAUCAACCAAUACCAAUGUCAUUUGCAACACCUGCUCCACCAACUAGUAACUCUAUUCAAUUUUCAACACCGAUGAUGACACCUUCACCUAUGAUAACGAAUAACUACAAAGCACUACCAGAAGUCAUUAAAAAGAAGAACACAAAGAAGAAUGAUAAUGAAAUUGGAAUACCUUUCAUUGGAGAGCAAUUAUUAUUUGAAUCUCAACAGCAGCAACAACAACAACAAUUACAACAAUCACAACAAAAUGAAAAUCAUAGAUUAUUUAAUAAUACUACUGUUGGUGGUGGUGGUGGCAACGGCGGUGUAAAAAAGAAUAUUGAUAAAGCAGAGAGACAUGUACAUAUAGGUGGAAUACAAGAGAUACUGCCGGAUAAUCAUUCAAUAGGAAUAAAUGUUGGUAAACCAAUGACACUCGAUGAGAUUGGAAACGAUAACAACAACUACAACUACAACAACACUUACGAACAACAACAAAACUAUUCUCUACCAAUUGAACAAAUACAAGAAGCUCACAAAGAAUUGUUAUCACUUUUCUUUAUCAUUGCAACAGCAUAUAAAUAUUUAUACAAUUAUCAAUGUAAAGAAGCUAUUGAUACAUUUAAUAGACUAUCAAGUACACAAAAGAAUACUGGUUGGAUAUUAACGAUGAUUGGUAAAGCCUAUUUUGAAUUGGUUGAUUACCAACAAGCAUACAAUGUUUUCGAACAAAUAAGAUCGAUUGAACCUUACCGAUUGGAAGGUGCAGAAAUCUACUCAACCGUUUUGUGGCAUUUGAAAAAAGAAGUAGAAUUAAGUUACCUAGCUAAUCAAUUGACGGAAUUCGAUAGAUUGUCAGCACAUGCAUGGUGUGUAGUAGGCAAUUGCUUCUCUCUACAAAAAGACCAUGAGUCUGCGCUAAAGACAUUCAAGCGUGCCAUCCAACUGGAUUCGAAGCUCACCUACGCCUAUACACUGUGCGGUCACGAGUACUUCUCGAAUGACGAUCUCGAGAAUGCACAGAUCUACUAUCGUUCCGCUAUCAAGAUCGAUCCACGCCACUACAACUCGUGGUACGGUCUAGGUCUGAUCUAUUUCCGCCAGGAGAAGUACAGUCUCGCCGAGUAUCACUUCCGGAAGGCACUGUCGAUCAACGGCACUAGCUCCGUACUGUACUGCUACAUCGCAUCGAUACUCUUCACACUCGAACAAUAUCAUCUUGCAUUGAGCGAACUCGAGGAAUUCAAAGAGAUCGCUCCCAAGGAGAUUUCAAUCUACAUUCUAAUGGGUAAGGUCUACAAACGACUAGGUCAACUGGAGAAAGCACACGACAGUCUUACCAUUGCACUUGAUAUGGGUCCUGAGAAUUCAAAUUACAUUCGUUCCAUCAUCGACAAACUUUAUCUUGAAGAUGAAAUUGAUAAUCAAGAUAUUUCUAGAUAUAGAGAGUUGUCUAGAAUCGCUAGACCAGUGUUGUCUGACGAGAGACUUGACAAGUUGGAUAGUGUUUUACGGUCGAGAACCGAUCGUGUUGCAAUCGUCUGUGACAAUGUAAAGACCACUGGAAAUGUAGCUGCUAUCAUUCGGUCGUGUGAGGCAAUGGGAAUACAACACAUUCAUGUCAUUGACGAUCAGCCAUACACACCAUUCAACGACAUCUCGAAAGGCACAGAGAAAUGGGUCACCGUUCACCGACAUCAUACACCUCUCGAUUGCGUAGACUAUCUCAAACAACAACGAUAUCAAAUUUGGUCAUCCGAUCUAUGUGAAGGUGCAAUUAGAUUCGACAAUUUAGUUAAAACAUUACCAGCAACAACAACAACAACAUCAACGACAACGACAACAACAUCUAUUAUUUCACAAAAUGAUAAUGAUAAUGAUGAUAAUAAUAAUAGAAUAGCAAUUGUAUUUGGUAAUGAAAAAUCAGGUGUAACAGAAGAUAUGAAGAUUUUAAGUGAUAAACGUAUAUUCUUACCGAUGUAUGGCAUGGUACAAUCAUUCAAUGUCAGUGUUAGUGUCGGUAUGACGCUUGCUAUGCUUCAGAUGCAAGGUGUGCUCGGUGGAAGUUUAAGUGAUUUCAACAAAGAGAGACUGCGAGCACUCUGGCUCAUCAAAUCAAUACCAGAUCAUCAACUAUACUUUGAAAGACAUGGAAUUAAAUAUAACUAUCUUUCUCUAUUCACAAAUAAAGUACCUCUUUAUUAA